CUUGAGCAACUGAAACACUAACACCAACAGCAGCAUCAAGAAGACAAGAAGAACAAACACAUCAGGAAACAGCAUCAUCUUAUUUUCUAUCCUCGCACACACACACACACUGCUUUAUUUUCAACAACCAACAGCUCACAGGGACAUGGCAUGAAAAACAAAGGAAACAUGGGGAAAACUCCACACACGCACUCUCCAAGACUCAGUCCACACAUCACCCUCUUUCAUAAAUGGACCAGCUCAGCUCUGCUGGACCAAAGUUUUUAUGUAGAAGAUAAACCAAAAAGAAUAGAUAGGGGGAUGAUAAUAUAGGUGUCUUCCAAUGUGCUCCAUCCAACUCUCUCAAACCAAUUAAAAACAUGUUUACCACAAAUACCCUUCUGCAAUCCCCCCCAAAAAGUCAUCUUCAUCACUGUCUCUAUUCUCUAAAGAUCCCAUUUUUUUUUCACCCAGUUAUGUGGGCUUCUUUGUCUUGGUCAGAGUUUUCACAGAGUAAACAGGAAGCCAGAACCUUCCUCUCUCUCUCAACACUUUUUCUUUCCUUUUUUAUUAUUUCUUGCCCUCAUCUCUUUAUUUCUUGUCAAAUACCCUUGUCUCUUUCUCUUCUCCAUAUUUGUGGGUCUCUUAAUCUCAUCCCUGUGUUCUGAAACAUGAAGAAGAUGAAAGGGGUUGCUGCUUCUGUGGAGUAUUCUCCAUACCCCAUAUACGAGGACCAAAGGAACAGGUUCAAGCACCACAGCCUUAUGCAAGACUUCGACGACUUGUUCAAGGAAACAGAGGCUAUGAGAAAGAGAUCGCAGGUUUUGAAAGAUAAAAAAUUGACCCUUUUGGCUGAAGUUCGGUUUUUGAAACGGAGGCACAAGUUCUUGAUGCAAAACCUAACUUCGAACACACCGGCCGAACAAAGCUUUGCGCAUUCACAAAAUAAGGUGAUCAGAAGUAAACUAAAUACGGAGGAAAAGAAAUCGACCGGAAAGGAACGUACUUUGGGGCGCCUAGCUACAGGUUUCGAUUUGAACCAGAAGGUAAAGACCAAGGAAACCACUUUAGCUCAUCCUUCUCCUAUGUUUGACUUAAACCAAAAGCAACAGAAAGUUUUCAGCGAAAAGGAGGAAGUUACUUUGCGAACUAGUUUACCGGCUCUCGACUCAUACCAGAAGGAAAGGCCUUAUAGCGAAAAGGAGGCUACUGCUCGAAGCAUGGCGCCGGUUUUCGAUUUAAAUCAGAUUUCGACAGAGGAGGAAGAAGUACAAGCUAGUAAUAACUCAAUGGGAGUAGAGGAAUUGAAGAGAAGUUCACUUAGAAUUGGAAGUGAUGAGCAGCACAAUGAUAUUAAACUAUCAGCAUGCUGGAACACCGGAAACGGCCCGAACCGAGUCGGAAAACGGAAGAUCACGUGGCAAGAUCAGGUGGCUUUGAAGGUUUAAGUCUCUUGUGAUGGGAAGUGCUUAGCUUUAAAGGGUUUGGGACCUUAUUAGUUUAGCUUGCCGCCCUCCUCUGGCUCUAUUAUUCUCGCUUUUGUAAAAAAAGGAAAUAUAGUUUGCAUCUAAUGAAUUUAUAAAAGAUAAAUUUGAAUAUCGAUGCUUAUCCUAAACCAAAA